AUGACGACACCACCAAGACAACCCAAACGACAACGGAUCGUCUUUCUUUACAAGAGAGAUCAUCAAGUUGAUGUCGUUUCGAACAAAGAAGCAGAACAAGGAAGAAUCAGGACAAGAAUGACAACUGCAACGAUUCCCUCCAAUGUCACUCAUGUCAAACUGGACGAUGACGUUUCGGAAAUUGCCAAUCGUUCCUUUGAACAACGAGUCAAUUUGGUGGAAGUCGAAUUGUCGUCCCCAUGCCUGGAACGAAUUGGUGAAUCCGCUUUUGAAGACUGCAUGUCGUUGCGACGAGUUGGAUUUUCCUUGCCAUCUUCUUCUCCUUCGUUGGUGUUGUUGACAAGCAUUGGAAAAAAUGCCUUUUUGUUGUGCGAAUCACUCCGGGACCUUCCAUUGCCAGCCGGUUUGCUAACUAUCGAAGAAGGCGCCUUUGCCAGUUGUUCCUCCUUGGAACAUGUGUCCAUACCCUCUUCGGUAUCCAGCAUUGGCGAUUGUGUCUUUGCCAGUUGUACCUCGUUGCGCAAUCUCACAUUUCAAAAGAACGAUGAAGAUGAUGAUGAAGAGGGUUUGAUGCAGAUUGGAGAUCGAGCCUUUUCGUGUUGUUCUAGUUUGACAACGGUGAAAAUUCCUUCCACCGUGAGGACGAUUGGCAAGUCAGCCUUUGAACUAUGUCACAUGUUGGUCCAAGUGAACCUUCUUCAUUCGACCAUGAUGGAGUACAUUGGCGAAUUCACCUUUGCGUGGUGUCGAGGACUGACAACGAUCUGGCUGCCAACGACCUUAAAAAGGAUUGGUCGAGGGGCCUUCAAGGGAUGUACUGCUUUGCGGAAAAUUGACCUUUUGCAAACGCAACUCGAAACCAUUGGCAGCGAAGCCUUUUACGAUUCUGGUUUGCGGACGCUUACCGUGCCAAGGACUGUGACCAAUAUUGGAACAUGCGCCUGUCAGCAUUGUUACAUGCUGGGAGAAGUGGAAUUGCAAGAAGGAUUGAAGGAAAUUUCCAAUUGGGCCUUUGCGAAUUGCCGGUCUCUACGAGCCAUAUUCUUGCCGUCUUCCUUGAUUCGAAUUGGAGAUGGGGCCUUUCGAGACUGUUUCAACAUGUUGGGCGUGGAAGUCACCAAAAAUGCCAGAGUGAAAUUUGGACAAUACGUCUUUCAACGGUGCAAGGGUAUUUACAGCAUAUCCUUUCAAGGUACCAUUACGGAUUUUCCUGCGACCACUUUUGCUGGAUGUCCCCAAUUGAAAGAUGAUGGUUGUUGGAUGGAUGCCACCAAAAUCAUUCCUACCAACCAUGCCGUGUACUUUUCCCGCGGCGUGACCAUGCAAGACUUUUGCCGUUUGAUAGCACAGAGAUGUCCGCUGCACAUUACAUCCAUUGACAUUACCCCCUUUCACAUGUUGAUUGCUACUCCUGAACUCCGGCAUGAUAUUUUUCGAGCCCUCUUACGCCGAUAUCCUUUGUCGUGGCUUUCGGCUGGUAUCAUUGGUGCUGGCAAUCAUACUACCAUGAUGGAUUACUUGUUGAAUAAUGUAACACCAAAGGUGAUUUCCUUUUUGCAAAUGGUGAUACAAGCGACCAUCAUGGAGCGCAUAAGGGACGGUUGGGGACUCGCGAGACAGCAAAUUGCUCCCAUGCAACGAUUGGUGGAGGAGUUGGAUUUGAAUUUGAACAACCACAACCAGAACCACAACCACAAUAACAACAACACUACAAGAGCAGGAGCAGCCUACUACUAUUAUGACAAUCUAGCAGCAUUGAGAUCAAGUAUCUUUCGACUCUUCCAAGAAAUGAAACGUUACGAAGAAGAAGAAUCACUGACAAUAUUGGAACUAGCCUUGUGGAAGGCCAAAAAGGCAGCAUCUGGCGACAUUGCCAUAAUAAUGACGAUGAUCGAACAAGCAGAUCAACGAUUGAUCAGCGGUUCCCAUGUUGUCAUUCCAUCUGUCUUGCAAUACCUAUGGAACGUUGGAUCGCCAAGACCACCAUCGAUUGCCUUUUCGGCAACGGCCCAGCCCGAACAUUGA